AUGACCCUCCGCAUCCUGCUGCUGCUGGCGGCUGCCCUGUGCAUCUGCAAGGCCCAAGGGAGCGAGAACCAGGCAUCCGACUGCUGCCUGAGCCACAAGAAUCGUCCCAUCCCACUCCAUCUCCUCUCCGCCUACAGAAUCCAGAGUCCCGAGACAGGCUGCCGGCUCUCAGCUAUUGUGUUCAUCACCAAGAAGAACAGGAAUCUCUGUGCCCCGCCCAGUGCUCGCUGGACCCGUGACCUGAUGGAGAAACUGGAUAGGAAAAAAGGACAAACCACAGCGGUCGGCGCCGUGAAACAUGUCCGCUCGAAGGGAGCCAAGCACCGCAAGCAGAGAAAGCCCCAGCACUAA